GUGCAGUGCCGGCUUGACCUGGGGAAAUCUAUCACCACUACCACCACCACUACAACCACCACCACCAGCAGCUCCUGCUCUUCCUUCCCUCUCCCCUCUCUAAUCCCCUCAAUUUCACCUCAUCUUAUCCCUCAAGAUGGCCCAUUGUGAGCGGGCUUCGAAGCCCUUGCUCCAAUGCCUGCAGAAGACCUACACCAAGGGUCUUCCAGGUCUUCAGCUGCAGUCCACCCGCGCCUUCCAAUCGACCGCUCUGGCGCGCGAAGAGGCUCAGACCGAGACCAGGUCGCAACCCUUCUACAAGGCCCCCGAUCCGGCUACGGUCUCCAACCCCCGACUGGAGCGGAAGCUAUUGCGCCAGGGUGUCGCCCCGAUUGGAUCCCGCCGUCGUCGCGUGGCCCUCCAGGACUCUCUCAACAUCCCCUUCGAGCAGCUGCCCUACCAAUGUUUCCAGGAGGCCCGGAAGAUUCUGGUGGCGGACCGCGAGGAGAAGCUACGCGAGAUCACAUCGAUGCGGGAGAAGAUCUCGAGGCUUGAGGGCUUGUCGACCGAGCAAGCCGGCGGAGAGCAGGUGAAGAAGUCCAAGCUGCGGGCCAUGGAGCUGCACCUGGAGCACCUGAAGAUUCAGGCGGAUAUCAACGACCCGCUGGUGAAGAAGAAGUUUGAGGAUGGACUAGGUGACAUGAGCAAGCCCAUCUACCGAUUCCUGGCCGACCGCAAAUGGCGAGAGUACCGCCGCAAGAUUCUCGUGCAAAGAAUCACACAGAUGAAGGUGAUCCCGGAUGUCAUCCCGCACUGCGAACCCACCCUGGACACGAAGCUCUACUUUGGCCGCCGGCAGAUCCAGCCGGGCGAGUUUGUCGACUCGAAGCUGAGCACGGAGGCGCCCAAGCUGAACGUGCAGAUGUUCGAGGCCGGCGAGAAGCUGGUGACCAUCGCCGUUGUCGACCCCGACGUGCCCAACGUCGAGACGGACGGGUUCGAUUUCAAGAUGCACUACCUGGCCGUCAACGUGCCGAUCUCCGCGGUGAACACCAAGGUGGAUCUGUCGCAGCUGUCGACCGAGUCGCAGGUGGUCUUCCCGUGGGCUCCCCCGGUGGCCCAGAAGGGCAGCCCCUACCACCGUCUGGCGAUGAUCAUCUUCGAGCAGAAGGAGUCGAAGGCCCUGGAUUUCGCGGCCGUCAAGGCCAAGGAGACGGCGCGCGAGAACCUGCUGGCCCGCGCCCUGGAGUCCCGGUACCAGCUGAAGCCCAUCGGCGCGCACCUGUUCCGCACCCAGUGGGACGACUCGAUGUAUGAGGUGAUGAAGUCGAUUGGGUAUGUCGACGCCGAGAUCGAGCUCCGCCGGGCGCCUGCCGAGCGUCUUCCUUACAAGCGCCGCAACCCGGCCAACAUGCGGUGAUUUUUUGGUUUUGUUUCGGGUGUUGUAGUAUUGUACAAGAGAGCUUUUAUGUAUGAAUAUGCACAAAUUUCCUU